AUGAAUGAAAAGCAAGUUAGCAAUGAGCUUAUUAAAAAGACAGUUAGAGAAUUAUUAAAUAUUGUAAGCCAGGCAGAUUCCAUCCCAAGAGAUGGAUCUAAUAUCCAGAAGUUCUUUAUAGAGCACAGAAAAAAAAUCAUCAGUCUGGGAAAGUUAGUAGCAGUUCUUUCUGGAAUACACCCAAAGUCCGUAGAAGCAGAUAAGUUUGGGAAGUUGUUAGUGUUUAAUUAUAUAUGCAGUAAUGUAGUAAGUAUCCAAUUCCUGCACCAAAUACUACUAGAAGAUACAUUACAAGCGCAUACACUUAAAACACAAAUUACAAAUUUUGUAAGAGAACUAACAGAAUACGCGGAGAAAGACAAAAAAGACUUCCUGGCAUGUAUGCAGCAAGAGAGAUUAGUCUUAAACCAACUGAAAUCCUCUGAAAAAGCAGCAAAAGAGAAUCCAGAAUGGCUUAAAGAAAUAGAAUUAUUAGAGAAAAGAAUAAAUAAUAUUUCAAUACUUAUAAAGGAUAAGAAACCAAAACCAGAACUACCACAGGAAUCAGUUAAAACCAAGAAAUCUAAACAAAAUACUGAAUUUCUGGAGAUUCUUGAUACGCUCACUCACUUUACUUGUUUUUGUGGGUUUAAGAAAAGAAAAAGGCCUUCUAAAUACGAUAUUCUACGGGAAAUAACGAUCAGUAUGCUAGAAACAGAAAAAAUCAGUUAUAUUUCUGUUAUGCCCUUUUUAUGCACGGACCAUCAGAAAUUAAAUAUUGAAAUGUGCUCACCACAAGCAAUGGAUAUAAAUUUAAUUAAGUGUGCAAAGCAGUAUAUACAGUAUAUACUUAAAACAUUCAUAAAGUACAUACAUAAUGAUGAAGCAAUAAGAAUUAUUAAAGAAAUCAUUAAAGAGUAUAAAGAGACUAAAAUAUAUAACAGAAUAAAACUAGCAAAUGCAUUUUUAAUGAUAUCCCCAGCACGGCAAGAAUCCAUCCAUAAAGCCAUGAACUCUCUUACUGUGAGUGUAUUCUACAUAAACGUAAUUAGGGUUAUUUACUUAUUAAUACACGACUUUGCAUAUAAUAGGAUAUGUGAGUAUAAGGAUAUAUCCGGGUGGACUUACAUAAAAUAUUCCUUAGGGAGAAUAAAGAGUACCAUAAGUUACUCAUACACAAGUACAGCAAGUCACCUAAUAAUGUAA